UAUACUUAUUUUCUCAAUUCAUUCAUUUUUUUUUCUCAACCUGACGCCCGAGUGGAUUGCCCGCGCGAAACCCAGCGGCCGAAGAAGAUAGUCUCAAAUUGCUGGUCGCGACCAUAAACUCCGAUCAUGUAUCAUCCUACUAGAGGCGGCGUUCGUGGCGGUCGAGAUCAAUUUAGUUGGGAAGAUGUGAAAGUUGAUAAACACAGGGAAAACUUCCUUGGCCAUAGCAUCAAAGCUCCUGUUGGAAGAUGGCAAAAAGGGAAAGAUUUACACUGGUAUGCACGGGAUAAAAAAUCAAGAUCAGAUGUGGAUGCUGCAAAGGAGGAAAUAAAGUUGAUCAAGGAGCAGGAGGAACAGGCGAUGAGGGAGGCUCUUGGUUUAGCUCCUAAAACUUCCGGCAGAUCUCAUGGAAAUCGCCUUGAUAAGCACGAGUUCCAAGAACUUGUGAAGCGAGGAAGCACUGCAGAAGACUUAGAAGUGGGCCAUGCUGAAGCUGCACGAGUUCAGGGUCUCGGUUUUAUGAGGACGCCGCGUGCGUGGGAAGAUUCUAGUUCUCUCCAGCCUGAUCAAACAGGCACCUCUGCUGGUCUGGAGAAAACAGAUGUCCCUGACCUGCCUGCUAGGAAUGCAAAAGAAGAGGAGGUGGAGGAUGAAAAAAACAACAAGAAAAGGAGGCGUGAAGAGAGACGGGAAAGGCAUGAAGAGAGACGAGAAAGGCAUGAAGAGAGACGUGAAAGGCAUGAAGAGAGACGCGAAAGGCAUGAAGAGAGACGUGAUAGACGUGAGAAACAUGAAAAGUACGAGAAGAGACACUCUCGUGAUUCCAAUGAUAGGAAGAAAUCGAGUAGAGACAAAGAUAGGAGGAGACAUGACUCUGAUUGAACAGGGAACAUGGUUUUACUUUACACCACGCCAUUUACUCAGUAAAUUGACAUGUGAUGAACCAAUCCAUUACUAGAAAUUAAUCAAGUGUGUGUUAACUGAUUAUUUGCUUGACAUUUACACUACAUAUAUUAAUAAUGGUAGUUAUGCAAGGUCAAAAUCCUCAAUGUUUAAUUACA